AUGGCGUCCAAAGGAGAUGUACGUUUUGUGUGGAAUGUAUCUUGUUUUCCUUUACGAAGAUAAAUUAACUUUCUGUCUAAUAACGUUCUUGUUCCUUUGCAUUACUAACUAGGCUCUGAGAAAUGCAGUCGAUCAAGCUACACAAGCGGGCGAAGAAUUUAGCAAUGUUUACUAUGAAACAUUCGAUAAAAGACGUCAUGUGAGUUAACGCUGUAGCUAAAUUAAUUUGAUUCGUGGUAAAGAAGUAAACUUCCUUUAAGCUUAUAUUUCCCUUGUUGCUUUUUUUUUUUCCAAUUAAUAUAAAACUGUUUUGAAUUGUUUUUUUCACACACAGCUAAUGUCAAAAUUGUAUUCGGCCAACACGACGAUCGUGUGGAAUGGGAAUGUAGUAAAAGGAGGCCCAGAAGUUAUCACAGAUUUCUUUAACAAUCUUCCUGCUACGGAGCACACUUUAUAUUCCUUGGACUGCCAGCCUGUGUCAGGUAUUUAAACUAUGUUUUUAAGUACCUAUAUGAAACAUAUGAUAGAACCGACCCUUAGUUAACAGAACGUCUGCAUGCAAUGCAAGGAAUGUAAGUUAUAACCUAAAUUAUGUGAAGCACGCUUUUUUGGCGUCUCGGCUUAAAAAUACGAGGUAACGCCCUUGUGAAAAGGUCUGACUACAUUGUGGUACAAUCAGACUAUUAAGUGAACGAUCUGGCUUGGGAUGAUCUGACCAUGGAACAAAGUAACGGGAUACCAUGCCUAAUGACCCCGAAGAUCCCUAUACCAAAGAGAAUGUGAAGAAAUUGGAAAUGGUACAGAGACGUGCCACUUUGUAUGUCUUAAACCGGUGCAAUAGACCUUGUCACAGUUGUUGAUGCCCAUUUGACGAGUAGGCAAACGUACGAGAAAUUACAGUGUUUGUAUGAGAAUCUAAUGUGGAAUAAUUUCUGUAAAACGGCUGUUAUGAAAAUAAUAUCAAUUGUAAACUAAACCUACAAAGAAAAGGAUUGCACUAUAAAAUGCCGGGGGUAAACUUGUGCUUAAAUUUCUCCAGAGGCUUGCUUUAGAUUUUUUAUAUAUUUGUCUGUAGUUUUGCCUGAGACUUUCUUACAGACAAAUGUAUAGAAAAUUUAAAAAAGUGGUUCUAGGUCUUUUAGCACAUGUAAUGCCCUCAUUUUUUUUCAGUAGAAUCCUUAGGAGUGAAGCUUUAGUUUACAAUUGAUAUAUCUGAAGCCACUGGGCCGAGUUAGUUGUCAUGUCAACAACCAAGCUUUUGAGGUCCCAUUCACUUUCACUGAUUAUUAUAAAUUCCCCUACUUCCCCAGAAAAAUAAUUCAUUGGAACGUUUUGCCAAACGAGACAGUAAAUACCUCUUCUUUGACGGCAUUCACAAACUGCCUUUAAUUUAAUUUAUAUAUUGACCGCUGGCCAAUUAUUACCUAUUUGCAAGCAACAUCAGUUAUUGUGAUGGAGGCAAAUAAAUGGUAUAUCUUUAUACAUAGAAUUUUGGUGAUUAAGGUUAGGAAACUGAGUGAAUCAGAUUCCAUUUAGGUUCACUAUACUGGGAAAUCAUCCUAAAACUUGAUUCACUCAGCACUGAACUUCAGAGUCAUUCGCGCUCGCCAUUCUGCAAAAUACCCCUGCUUUCCUAUAAGAAUUUGGGAUAGUCACCAGAAUAGCCUUUUUUUCUUAUUAUCAUUCAGACCAAGCCAUUCCUGGCCAGACUACAGUUCUAGUUGUUGUCGAGGGAUUGGUCAAGUUUGAUGGCCACAAAGCAGAACAUUUCUCCCAGAACUUUUUAUUGACUGCUGAAGGUGGAAAAGUGUGGAAAGUAGCAAGUGACUGCUUCAGAUUUAUAGGAUGA